GACAGAGAGGGAGAGAGAGUGAGAGUGAUUAUACAGUUUGUUCCAGGUAGUCUACGGACUGCAGUGUGAGAAUAUCGCUGUGACCAGCAGUACCGGACAAGGGAGGGAGUUGGGUUUGGAGAGCGACACUGUUGUCAGACUGAGAGUCAGAGGAGGGUGUGUGUGUGUGUGUGUGUGUGUGUGUGUGCGUGUGUGUGUAUGGACAUCGUGCUCUGUCACGGGUUAAUCGCAAGGUGAGGUCAUUUUGUUUCGAUUCUGCCUGAAAUGCAACUCAUGAGUGUGACUGUGGGCCUUGACUGACCUUCUCUCUCCAUCUCAUGUGAGUUUGUCUGGAUAGGGGUGUGGUGAUUCAUUGUGCUUGUAAGGCUCAGAUUCAUUGGUCUGGAUAGGGGUGUGGUGAUUCAUUGUGCAUGUAAGACUCAGAUUCAUUGGUCUGGAUAGGGGUGUGGUGAUUCAUUCUGCACGUUAGACUCAGAUUCAUUGGUCUGGAUAGGGGUAUGGUGAUUCAUCCUGCAUGUUAGACUCAGAUUCAUUGGUCUGGAUAGGGGUGUGGUGAUUCAUUCUGCACGUUAGACUCAGAUUCAUUGGUCUGGAUAGGGGUAUGGUGAUUCAUUCUGCACGUUAGACUCAGAUUCAUUGAUCCUCUUGCUGUGUGGCUGGGUGUAGGUGGACAUUUCUUUGUUUCAUUUUGCUCAGAAUUUAGGCUCCGCAUGUCCACGUGGGUGUGGUGUCCAAGUCUUUUUGUGAAUGAACGUGUACGGUGUCUGUGUCAGUGAUUCAGUUUGGGGUCUGUGGUGCCUGUGUGUGUGUCAGUAAUUUAGUCAGUGUAUCAGGUACCUUCUGUGCCUCAGUGAUUCAGGGGAAAGUGUGGUGCCUGUAGAGUAAUUCGGUCUAGACAGUGGAGCUCUGAGUGUGUGUGUGUGUGUGUGUGUGUGUGAGUGAGUAAGGAUAUCAGUGUGUGGGUCAGUGCAGCGGCAGGGUGUGUGUGCGUGAGUGAGUGUGUGUAUGAGUGUGUGUGUGUGUAUGAGUGUGAAUGCAUGUGUGAGUAGGUAAGUGCAUCAGUGUGUGGGUUAGUGCAGUGGUGGGGUGUGUGUAUGUAUGUGUGUGUGUCUAAGAGUGUGUGUGUGUGACUGGGUAGGGGUACCAGUGUGUGGGUCAGUGCAGCAGCAGGGUGUGUGUGUGUGUGAGUGGGUAAGGGUAUCCGUGCAGCAGCAGGGUGUGUGUGUGUGUCUGAGUGGGUAAGGGUAUCCGUGCAGCAGCAGAGUGUGUGUGUGUGUGUGUGUGAGUGGGUAGCGGUAUCAGUGUGUAGGCCAGUGCAGCAGCAGGGUGUGUGACCUGCUCUCUCAGCUCUAUGGAUCCUCAGCUUCUGUUGAACCUGAUGAAGCGCUUCUGCCCUUGUCUCAGCGCAUUUCCGAGCCAGGACUGGAACAAGAGCGACGAGCGGCUGCUGCAGGCCGUGGAGCAGAACGAACCCGACAAGGUCACCGCCCUGCUGGUCAAGAAGGGACUCUGUCCCUCCAAGCUCGACGCUGACGGAAAGUCUGCGUUCCACGUGUGCGCGACGCGGGGUCGCGUGGACUGCCUGGAGGCCAUCUUGUCGCACGGGGUGGACGUCAGCUCCACCGACGGCACAGGCUUCAAUGCCCUUCACCUGGCAGCGAAGAACGGCCAUGCUGAGUGUGUGAAGAGGCUGCUGCAGGAGAGUUUACCUGUAGAUUCUACAGACAGCUUCGGAAGGACGGCCCUUCAUCAUGCAGCGGUGAGUGGGUGUCUGGGCAGCACGGAGACUCUAUGGGAUUUCAAGGCCUGCCUGGAUGCUCAGGAUGGGGACGGCUCGACCCCUCUGCUCCUGGCUGCCCAGAUGAGUCGAGUAGAGCUAUGUGCCUUCCUGCUGGACCGUGGGGCCAACCCCAAUCUACAGGACAAUCAGGGCAGGACCGCCCUGAUGCUGGCCAGUGAGAGCGACAGCGUGGAGACGGUGGAGGUGUUGCUAAGGGGCGGGGCUGACGCUCGCCUGACUGACUCCCUGGGACACAGCGCCGCCCACUACAGCGUUACCGUCGGCAACGAGCACCUGACGCGGCUGCUGCAGUCCGCGGGCGCGGGUAAUCUCGGGCGAGGCCAGAAAGAAAGAAUGCCCCCUGCCCCCCCUCCCCUUCCAGGGGCCACGCCCCGCAAGAGGAAGGCCCCCCCUCCGCCCAGGUCCCCUCCCCAGGGAUCCCCAUCCAGCCUGGAGCCCCAGGGUCCGCCAACCCCAGCGCAGUCCCCAGAAACACAGCGCCCCCCUCAGGCCGGCCUUACGGAGGAUGAGGAGGUGUUUGAGGAGAUCCGUAAGCUGAGGUUGGAGAGAGGACGUCUGCUCCAGAAGAUCAAGGGCCUGGAGCAGCAGCAGCACAGUGCCCACACUGCACUGGAGGAGAUGGUCGCCUUGCAGGAGCGUCUGACGCAGGCAGAGGCCGAGCGGGACAGACUGCGCGCGGAGAUCGAGGAGUACAGAGGCCUGCAGGGGGCGCUCAGCGACUCCGAGGACACCGAGGACAUGCUGGACUUCCCAGGUGCGGAGAGACUUCUCUCCCGGCAGUCGAGGUCCGAUUUCGAAACCCUCUCUACCCAGGAGGACGGCACUUCGCAGGGGGACCCCGAGUCUCUCUGCGUCUCUCAGAGCCAGGGGAACCCCGACUCCCUGGCUGAUCUUCAGAGGCAGGUGGAGGAGCUGACCGCAGCCAACGCUGACCUGGUCCUUAAAGUGCAGAUGCUGGAGACCUUUGAGAAGGACGACACGGACCUGCAGAGCUCCAGCCCGGACUUCGUGCCCACCGUCCAGUACGACUCCCUGAGGAAGGAGUUCGAGGGGCUGCAGGAGCGCCUCCUCCGGGCCCAGGCUGCGGCCGAGGCCUCCAGCAUUGCGGAGGAGCACGGGUUUGUUCAGAAGACGGAAGAGGGUGGAGGCGAGGGAGGAGGCGAGGGGGAGGCGGAGAGCGCGGAGGAGAAGGGGGCGAAGCUGCAGGCGGUGGAGGAGCAGCUGGCUCAGACCCAGGCGGAGCUGGAGGAGCUGCGGGAGCAGGUGAAGGUGGGGGUGUUCUCCGUGGAGCAGCUGGAGGAGGCGCAGGGGGAGAGCCAGGAGACGCAGCGCCUCCGGCUGAGGGUGGAGGAGCUGGAGGCGGUGCUGACGGAGCGGCAGGAGAAAGAGGAGGCGGAGGCAGAGCCGGCAGAGGAGAAGGAGAAGGAGGAAGAGAAGGGCGAAACCGUGAAGAAGCUGAAGGAGCAGGUGGAGGAGCUGCAGGCCGCCCUGGCGGAGAAGGGGGCGGAGGAGAAGGGCGGAGAGGGAGAAGAACGGGUGAAGGAGCUGACGGAGAGAGUGAGCGAGCUGGAGGCGGCUCUGGCAGAGAGGAAGCAGGAGAGCGGGGGAGGGGAGGAGAAGGAGGCGAAGGAGGAGAAGGAGGUGGAGGAGGAGGUGCAGAACCUGCGGGGCAAGGUGACGCAGCUGCAGGAGGAGCUGAGGAGCAGCGUCCCCCGGGCGGAGCUGGAGGAGGUGCAGGUCUCCAUGGCGAUGCAGCUGGAGCAGCUGGCCAGGGAGCGGGCGGAGGCGGCCAUGCGGCUGAACGACGCCCUCCUGGAGCUGGAGAGGCUCCGCCCCCCGCCGCACGGGGAGGAGGAAGAGGAGGAGGAGGAGGACAGGUCCGAGGGGUCAGAGCCUUCCAUCACAUCAGAGCGCUCGGAGCGGCUGUCGGGGGGCCGGACCCUGGCGGCGGUGCGGGAGGAGCUGGAGGUGGCGCGGCAGGAGGCGGCGCAGGCCCUGGACUGCCUGUGCGCCGAGCGGGAGGAGCGGGCGCAGGACGUCCUGCAGCUGAAGGACGCGGUGCCCCGCGCCCAGCACCAGGAGGCGCUGUCCGCCCUGGCCGACCAGCUGGCCCAGGCCGCCGGGGAGCUCCAGGAGGAGAGGGCCCUGCGCGGGCACGCCCAGCAGGAGGUCUCCAGGCUGGAGGCCGAGCUGCAGGCCGCCCGAAAGGACGCCGUGUCCCUGGAGGAGCACGAGAAGGUCAAGACGGCCCUGCAGCGCUCCCUAGAGGAGAGCGAGGGUAAAGCGCAGGCGGCGGAUGACGCGCUGAGCGCCAAGGAGGCGGAGCUGAGGGUGCUGAAGUCCCAGAGGGCCGCGGAGCAGGGGGCGGUGUCCAAGGAGGACCACGAGGCCCAGCGGCUCUCCCUGCAGGCCGACAUCAACACGCUGACCGCCCGCCUGGGGGACCUGGCGCGCAAGCACGAGAAGACCUGCACAGAGGUGUUCCAGGUGCAGCGGGAGGCCCUGUUCAACAAGAGCGAGCGGCAGGCGGCGGAGGCUCACCUGGCCACCGUGCAGCAGCAGCUGGCCGACCUGCAGGCCCAGUCCACCCACGUCCAGGAGCUGCACAAGGACAUCCAGGCCUCCCAGGGCCUGGUCAAAGAGAAGGACCGCAAGAUUACGGAGCUGUCCAAGGAGGUGUUCCGCCUGAAGGAGGCGCUGGGGGCGCUGACGCCUCCCCUGGGCCUGACCUCCUCCGGUCCUCCGGGCCAGCAGGCGGCGCUGCAGAACCGAGUGGCCACACUGACGGAGCAGCUCCAGGACUGGGAACGGAAGCACCGAGCGGUGGUGUCUGUGUAUCGCUCUCACCUGCUGGCUGCCGUGCAGGGACAGAUGGAUGAGGAGGUUCAGGCCUUGUUGCUGCAGAUCCUGAGCAUGACACAGAAAGGACAGGGUCACUGACCCCGCCCCCAGGCCGAGCAGAACCCCACAGGGCCAGAACCAGCGCCGCGUAGCAUCGUACCAGGCGGAGAGCCCAGCCAUGCACAGAAAUGGACCCAUCAGGUAUUGGACUGAAUUAGAAGCUGGACUGGGCCUUGUCUUUCAGCGAGCUUCAGGAUCAGACCAGCGUUCUCCUAAACAGGAAACAGGAAACGGGUCAGAGAGGCCCCGUGUUUCCGCAGACUGCUUACGGCUCCAUUCAAAACCAUCUUACAGGCAUGAAAAUUUUUUUUUGGUUUUGACAAGUAGUGGCGCCCUUUUACUUCCUAAUGUGCGCAUUCUGAUUUGAAGAUUCAGAUUUAUUUUUUCCACACAAAAAGCCCAAAAGCAGGACUGCACUGCACCCGUCAGUACUGGAAUGGGGAGAGUAGCGCAGAAGUGGAAAAAGUUUGGGCUCUAGCCAUGCGGCACGUCAACAUUCAUAUCAGUCCGACUUCCACAACUGCCCUUCACAAUGACGAUCUGGUGCCUAAUCACUUAUUAAUAGCAAAUACUAAUGAAAAUUAUACAUGUAAUAUAAUAUCAAUGAGUAACGAUGCACUCAGAAAAUGCAUAAAUAAGUGAUGAAUAGUCCUAGUGUAAGAGCUGUCGCAUUUGCACAAAGAGCUUCGCCACUUUUGUUGACAUUUCGUUUUUUUUUUAUGUUAUGAGUUCCUUGGGUUUACUGGACAUAUCCGCCUCAGAACCAGCAGAAACAAAGUUUAAGUAUUUUAAUUGUUUUGACAUAAUGCUGGUGUCUUGGAUGACAAAAACAUGUUACAGUGAAAAUAUUUUCAAAAAUAUAAUUUAUUUUAUUUUUUAUUGAAUGUCCCCGUUAGUGUAGGUUUCAGCAUAGCAGAAUCUACGGUUCCUGAGAUUAAGACCAGAGAUUCACUUCUUAGGAAGUCAAGGAAGUCAUUUUCUAAACAACUUUUUAUGAUCUAUUUUUUCCUUCUUCCACCUGUUGUGAGGGCUCAGUUUGUACCUGCAGGCCUAUUCCAUCACUGCAGUGUCCUCAGUGAAUUUGUCUCACUAGUAUCUGCUGAGAGUGUGCAGUCAGCUUUCACUCGGCUGUCCAUCAACUGAGCUGCAGUCACUCACGUCCAAUCAGAGGACAGGGGGGCGUGGCACUGUUGCAUAAUGAGGCAGGGGAUGUCCAGCUGAAACGUAGCUCUUCGUUGCUCAGCGAUGCUACAGCCAAGAAACAGCCGUUGUAAUAAAUGAGGAAAUGGGAUCGAAACCCCUCCAGACCCCCCCCCAUCCACUUUCAUUUCAACUUCUGCGCUCCAAAAAUCAAAAUGCAUGUAUUUGAGCAAAAACGUGUAUCUCAUUCACAAAUAAUACCUGUAAAUCCUAUUUACAUGCAGGUAAGAACCAUUCAGAAUGGAGCCCUCAGACAUUUAAAAUAAUAUUUUUUUUUGUGAGCCUGAUCUAUGGGGGCCGUAAGCUGUACCAUGGUGCCACCUAGUGUUUCCAGAAAGUCAUUGCAGUCUUCUGGUGUUGGUGUUCUCGGCAUUUACUGUAGAAUGCUUUACAUUGUGGGGCUUCGUUCUAAAAAGGCUGGAACGAUAGCAGCGCUGGAUGUAAGCCUUCAGUGAAAUGGAGGAUAAAGCAGGCGGGGCACUGGAACUGAAUGCUAUGCGUCAAUCUAAAUGCACUGUUCUUUAAGCUUUGAUUACAUUGCCUACAGUAUUCACUUUGUCUUCCCAAUACGACAGAUAGCGUUGAAUGAAACACUUGCAGAAGGAUUUUUGAGUGUUUUGGUGUAAGCGCUGUACGAAAUCCAAUUAAACAAUGUAUGUCACAAGCUAAACAGUUUUUGACAA